AUGUACACCGAAAGAUUCGUGGAAAGAUGUUGCGAAAAUCUCGCAAAACCUGAACUGAGAGAUAACAACAAAUUCAGUAGACAUGCUUAUCGCAACCUUGGAAAUGAGAAUAUUUUGUCAAACAAAAAAAUGCUGUUAGAGGGAUUCUGGUUAUCAGCGUUGACGACGAAUCUUUUUAAAAGGAAAAAAAAAGACGAGAAGAAUUUUUCGUAG